AUGACGGACCAGUCAGCUGCUUGGCCGUUAGCAGGGUCGUCGCUCGCGCAGGAAAUAUUGGAUCUGGUGCAGCAGGCUUCGCAUUACCGCCAACUCAAGAAAGGAGCCAAUGAGGCUACAAAGACUUUGAACAGAGGCACAUCAGAAAUUAUUGUUUGUCACACCAUGUACAGACAUCAGAGGAUGGCGCCUAACACCAAAGAAAAUAGGUUCUCGCUGCAGAUACUGCUCCACUCGCUAUCUUGCUACAUCUACCGCUGUUGUGUCCCGUAUGUAUACGUGCCUUCUAAGACUGCCUUGGGAAGGGCUUGUGGAGUCUCGAGGGCCGUGAUCAGCGCAAGCAUCACCACGAACGAGGCUAGCGACCUCAUGGGUCAGAUACAAUCGUUGAAAGACAAAGUGGAGAGACUGAUGGUCUGA